AUGAGUGAAGAGGAAAUUGACAGAGCCCGUCGUAAGCAAAUGGGCAUAAUUGCCGAAGAAGAGAUCACAGGUCUCGUGGAAAGAUCAAGAUUGGAGAUCUUGGACGACGUUUUACAGCUCGAUUGGGAUGAUAUUGACCUCAGAUCAACAAUUGGUUACGGUGGUUUCAGCCAAGUCUUUCGAGCAGGAAUUCAGGUUUCAUCUAUUGACGAAGAUGCUCCUGCGAUUGCCGAUCAGGAAUUUGCGUUGAAAUGUCUAAGUCCCAACACCAUGGCCCGAACCAAGAGUUUCAAGACUGGUUCUGUUGAUCUAGUUAUCGAGGCAACGAUUCUUGCCAGACUGUCUCAUCCAAACGUCAUCAAACUUCAUGGAUUCUAUGGCAAAAGCGUCAGAAAUUCUUAUCUGGAAUCAGAACGUGGAUACUUUCUUGUCAUUGAUUUGCUUGCUGAUACUCUUCGAAACAAAAUUGACAAGUAUCGACUUCAGAAUCCUAAAAUGAGAAAAACUAGGGAUCCCUCUCAACAAAUGGGCAGCAUUAAGGACAGCAACAAACCCAACACGUCGGAAGCACUAGAAAGAAUAAAGUCAAUUGGUGUAGAUGUCGCCAAGGGAAUGGAAUAUCUUCACUCACAAGGAGUCGUUUUGCGUGAUCUCAAGCCAGAUAAUGUUGGUUUCGACACGAACGGGGUUCCCAAAAUUUUUGAUUUGGGGUUUGCCCGCGAAUUUCAUACGCUCAAGCCAAAAGAAGUUGCCGGUAGUCUUCGAUACAUGGCCCCCGAAAUUGCAUUGGGCCAACCUACGGAAUUUGCGUCUGAUGUUUAUUCCUUCGGUGUGCUACUGUGGGAAAUGACCACAUUGGAAAAGCCCUACAAACACAUUCACGACCGUGACGAAUUCAUCGAAUCCAUCAUGAUCAAUGGAUGGCGACCGUCAUCGUCGCAGAUGCCUUCCACUGCCUUGCGGCGGCUGGUCAAGGAAUGUUGGCAUGGCGAACAUACCCGUCGUCCCAACUUUUCCAAGGUCGUUAAGAUCCUCAAGGUCGAAACCAGUUUGGUGGCCACCAACAGCAAACGGGCAUCUGGUAUGCCACUCCCAAGAACCACUACCUUCAGUGACGCGUCCGCCAUUUCACGCAAGAACUCCUUGGGGAAGAUCCCCUCCAUCUCCAAAAAAACUGGUUCCUCCUUCCGAAACCUCAUGGGAUUUGGCAAGAAGAAUCAAUCCAGCGACAGCAUGGCGGACUUGACAAAAAAGACCGAAGACGCCACCAUCUCGGAGGAAAGCACUGGUACGGCCACCACUGGCGGCACGACAUCGUCAUCCUUGCAGCAACCCUCAUCCUCCAACAAGAAUGCUUCUUUUGGAGCGUCUGGUAGCAACAAGACGAAAGUGAACCCGUUGUUGGCACAAGCCCUGUUGGGCAGUGGCCCCAAGAAGUCAAAGCAUGGCAAGAAACCUCCCAAAACCAAGGUCAAGAAAUCACUCUACCGAGCAAAGAGUAACAUGUCCAUGCCCAAUUUUUUCGAUGGAGAGUAA